GAGUGAACAGCAGCAGCGGAGUCAUCGGUCGGAACCGGAGCCGCUGGAUGGUUCUGCCCAGCGGGAACCGAACAGGAACUGACCAAUCAGCAGGCAUGAUGAUGCCCAAGCAGCCGGCGCAGACGUCUCCCGGCAGCGUCUUGUUGCUCAGAGGAUCCGGCGUUCCCGGAUCGCCCGCCGCUGCCAUCGUGGCCCGAGUGGAGGACGGCGUCAUCGGCUACAAGGACCUGGCGGCGCUGCCCAGAGACAAAGCCAUCCUGGACAUCGAGAGACCCGACCUGAUGAUCUACCAACCGCACUACAGCUACAGCCCGCUGGAGAGGUCGUUGUCUCCGCGCUCCGUCUCUCCUCCUGCCUCCCCAGAGAACUCGUCCAAGGAGUCCAGGGACUGGCUGGAGAACCGGUCGCCUGGCGGUUCGUCACCCGGUUCCACCGUCCAGAGCAGCAGAACCCAGAGCUCACACACACCGCCGGCGCUGAACACACCCGUCUCCGCCAACACACACCCGGUGGGCAGCAAGAGCACCAUGCAGCAUUUCCACCGACCCGAAAACGGAUCCAACAUCUAUAAGAAGCCUCCCAUCUACAGGCAGGACGUCUCGUCCUCGCCUGUCCCUCAGGGGAAACACAUUGAGGAUCUGAUCAUCGAGUCGUCAAAGUUCCCAGCAGCUCAGCCUCCAGAUCCAAACCAGCCGUCCAAAAUCGAGACCGACUACUGGCCCUGCCCCCCGUCACUGGCCGUGAUCGAGAAAGAGAGUCAGAGGAAGGACCAGCGGGAGGAAGAGGAGGAGGAUGAAGAGGAGCUGGCGGACGAGCUGUGGGGCCUCCGGGUUCUGCAGAACCAGGAGCUGAACAAGAUCCAGUCCAACCUCGGGAAAAUCAUCCUGAAGGAAGAACUGGGGAAGUCUGCGGGUCCGCUGAGGAGGAAGACCCGUUCCCUGCCGGACCAGAACCAGAACACCGGCUCCAGCGCCUCCAGGUCGGUGUAUUUCCCAGCAUCCUCCAGGAGCGGCCUGUCCCGGCUGCAGUCUGCAGAGUUCGGCUCGGCAGAGAAAAACCCGGCAGGUCUGCAGAACGGAGACUCCAGGAUGGACCGGGGGAACUCCCUGCCCAGCAUGCUGGAGCACAAGAUUUACCCGUAUGAGAUCCUGGUGGUGACCCACAGAGGGCGCAGCAAGCUGCCCCCCGGGGUGGACCGGACCCGCCUGGAGAGACAUCUGUCCCAGGAGGAGUUCCUCAGCGUCUUCCGGAUGCCCAUCGAGGACUUCGACCGCCUGUCCCUCUGGAAGAGGAACGAGAUGAAGAAGAAAGUCUGUCUCUUCUGACCUUCACGGACUACGCUUCCCAGAACCCCCUGCUCCUCCCGGCGGGAAGCGGGACGGACUGCGGCCGCGGUCUCCGGACCGCCGGACUCCCGGGUUUGUGGACGGCUUGGGGCGGGCUGUCGGGGUUCUGCUGCGUCACUUCCGCCUCACCGGUUCCUCGAGCCGCAGAACACCAGCUUCACUAAACUAGCUAGCGCACAAACGGUCCGGCUAACGGGCGGAGACCCAGCUGCUGGGUUCUGGUUCUGAAUCUGGGAAUCCAAACAGCAGAAAGUCUCAGCAUUCCUCUGACCCGAGUCGGUUCCCACAGCGUCCCGGAAGGGGCUUCCUAUUGGCUAAGCCAGCGAUGAUGUCACAAUAAGGGCGUUUUUUUCCCAGCAGCGAAGAAGAAAAACGAGGUUUGAAGAUGAUGAGACUGGAGCCGAACCUGCAGCCUAAAACAAGCUAGCAGCCUAAAACAAGCUAGCAGCCUAAAACAAGCUAGCAGCUGGAAUAACGAUUAAUUAUCAACAUUAAUAAUCAAUUACAUUUAGAGGAAUUAUCAAUUAUUCUGAUGAUUAAUUGGUUAUUUCAAACGAUUAAUCUAUUACUUUGAUGAAUAAUCAAUUAUUUGGACAAAUAAUCAAUUAUUCCAAUGACUAAUCUAACAUUCUGGGAGUUGAUUAUGCUGAACAUUAAUCAAUUAAUCAGAAAAAUAGACAAUUCGUCUGGUGAUUCAUCUAUUAUUGCAAAGAUUAAACAACUUAUGAAUAAUCAAAUAUUCUGACUGUUAAUCAAUUAAUCUGAUAAGAAAAUAUUUGGUAUAGUCUGGAGAUUUUUCAUUUUACUGCAUAAACAUUUUUACACAAUGUUGAAAAAACAUAAAAAUAUAACUAAAGAAUCAUGUUCCUUUUUUAAAUAAGAAAAUUAACAUUGUGUUGCUUGAAAUGCUAAACUAAUUUAUUUCUACAGUGAACAGAUUAUAUGUAGUAAAGUUUUAAUCUGCAGAUUUAAAAAGACUUAAAACAUCAACAUGAGAAAAACUUUCCAAGCUGUGUGGAACUUAUCUGGAUUAUUUAUUGGAUUAUCUGGUUAAUAAUUGGACUGUUGAUCACAUUUUACUAUCCAACAUCUUUUUACAGAAUGUGAAGCUAAAACUGCCUCUGCAGGAGUUCUGGGAAAAACACAUUUAUUUUUAUCUAAAAUGCUAAAUUACAUAUUUUGUACAGUUUUGUCUUAAUUUCCACUAAUUUACCCUUUUUGCUUGUCGAGUAUAUUCAGUUAUUGACUGAUCGAUUAUGAAAUUAGCUGAUUAUUUGCUGGUCCCAGUAAACCCAGCUCAUCUUACUGGUUCCAGUCCAGCUCCAGUCUGAGCCGUAAUCAAACCUCGUUUUUCUUCAUUCGUUCCUCAGCAGAAACCACUGCCACACACACACACACACACACACCCUGAGACAUGGCCCAGUGGGGGGUAGGCGUCCAGUUCGGCUCCCGUUGCUUCAUGACUAAACCAUGUGCAGCUAUUUUUCAGAAAGUGGCAUGUUUGUUAUGAAUUCAUCUAAAAAUGUUAAAAUGAUUCAGAGGAAGCAGGAAACGGACUUCAGCUGGGUUUAACCCCUCAGUUCUUCUGCGUGACGUCAGUGUUCUUAACGCUCAGCAGCGCCACACCUGGCCGACAGGUUAACUGCACCUAACGAGUCAGGCUGCGAGUCCGAACCGGAUUUAAGGAAACCCGUUUCAGAUUUAAUCCAGUUGGGAUGAAAACCAGAGGUAUAAUAAUUUCAUAUUAAUGUUCUGAGAUGGCUGCAGCUGCUGUUUAAUUUCCACUAAAUGAUGUAAUUUUUGUUCUUCUGAUGAGUCCAGAUCGUUUCACAGAGGAAACAGGAAGCAGAAAAUAAAAUGAAGUAAAGGAUAAAACACAAUAAAUUACUUAUCAUUCUUAUUUAAAAUAGAAUUAACGAUGUAUUUUAGUCAAAACAUUACAUUUCUGUUAAAAUUACCACAAACCUUUGGAAGCAGCUUCCGUGGGAGCCAGCAGAGGGCGCUCUGACACAGGCUGCACUCAAACGGAAACAGAAGAAAAACGGAAGGAUUCAAGAAACAUUUUAAACAUGUAAGCUUUUUGUUGUUACAAACUAUGUUUGAGGAUUAAUUUGAUAGUUAAUAUUGUUGUAUAUUUUUGCUGUUUUUAUGCAUUUUUACAAGCAGUGGAUAAUAAGUCUAACUGUAUAUUUAUUAUUUUACUGAAUUUUUAGGUUUUAUCAGGAUUUUUGGACAAUUUUUAAAGCAGCUGUCUGAAGCUGCAGGAGGAGGCCUGGUUAUUAAUGAUUACUAAUGAUUAUUAAUGAUUACUAAUGAUUAUUAAUGAUGGUUAAUGUUGAUUUGGAUCCUUUAAAUCCGGGCUCAGGGACUCUGACCUGCGUCAGUCGACUCGCUCUCACUGCGUCAUGAAAAGGGCAAAGUUCACCGCCGGCGAGUCCUGCAUCACUCCUUCGCUGCUUCCUGUAUCUGUGGAAAAACGACAGACAGAAACGAUAAAAUCAUUUGUCUGAAGUUGUGAGACGAGCGCAGAAGCAUCCGCCACGUUGAGGAUUUUUCUAGAGUUUUUGUUUCUUGCUGUUUUCCUGAGCGGUUCAUGCUGUGUUCUGAUUGGCUGCUUGCCGUGACCGACUCCAUGACGACACAAAGAUUGUUCAUGUUUUUCUUUUUCUACAUUUCUGCUGUUUUUGAAUCAGUUGUUGUCUUUGCAGGACGACUCAGACGUUCGCUACGUUUCAGCUCAUCUCAUUUUAGUCUUUAAAAAAUUUUUUUAUUUCUAUUCUGGUGAAAUAAAUCAAAACCAGUUUUUUUCCAACAUCCUGCAGCUCCCAGAAAAACAAUUAAAUCUUAUUUUGGAACAUAUUUACUUUGACAAUUUCUGCAGUGAUUCAUAGUUAAACUUUAGGAAAACAUUAUUUCUGUCUAAAAACUGAAGGAUGACGCAGAUUAUCAAAUUUAAUUUAAAUUUAAUUUCUUUUAUUGUUUAAAUUGUUAGUUUUUUCAUCAACCUGCACCUCCCUCAUGACCUUUAACCCCUCCUGAGUGGGUCGGUGUUUGUGGUGAUGCCGUUUCUCCGGCGCCGUCUGACGUCGUCCAUCCUGAUGAUGUUCUGAUGUUUUCAUAUCUGGGUGCAGAGAUGUAACAUGAUGUGAGUGAAGCCGGAGUUUCAAUAAAAAGAUUUCUAACAGCUU